GCUCAAUUAGGUCCCGAGGAACAGUAUCCCAUUCGCAUACUCUGUACGCACAACACACUCUCACCGCAACCACCACCUCCUCCUCCUCCUCACUUAGCCUUCCUGGGAACCUGCCUUUCUGCCAUAUUCCUAGGUUCCCCCGUUGAGUGAUGCGAGUCCACACCACUUGAAACGCCCCCGGACCCGGAAGCUCUGGCAUCGUUGACCACAAGCUUAUCGCUCCCCUACGUACGCAGUUCGCUUUUUGUUGGACGCAGAGCGGCUGCAUAAUACGGACACCUGUUGCACUGGUGCCCCCGUGUCGACUUGUCCCCCGAACCUUGUCCACCUCGCUGCUGAAAGCAACCAGCUGCGAACCACCAUCCCAAAAGAGGAGGUGUCCUGUCUGCCCAGACUACCUACCUAGUACUACCUACGGGCCAAGCGCCACUCGCCAUUGCCUACGCACGCGUGCGUCCGACGCAAACCACUGCGACUCCCGUUGCCUGUUGCCUUCGCUGUCGCGGCUCCUACAAGCACACGAGCAUACCCAGCGACUCCACAUCAUCUCAAUUCCCAAUUCCACCCUGAAUCGACUACAUACGAGCCACGACACCUCACCCUACCUACCGUCCCGACUCUCCUCUCCUCCCCUGACGCCAAACCCUCUCCUCCGCCAUAAUGCCAUCGGUAUUGAGCGACGAUGACAAGGAGACUGUCAAGCGCUUCGUCCCCAAACAGACAAACAAGAUCCAGGCCGUAGCUGUUGCCAGGCUAUACGUUGCGUACCCCAACCCCGGAAGAUGGACCAACACCGGGAUCCAGGGCGCCAUCGUCCUGUCGAAUGACCUCGUGGGCAACACAUACUGGCUCAAGAUGGUGGACAUCUCGUCUGGAAACCGUGGUGUCAUCUGGGAUCAGGAGAUAUACGACACGUGGAGCUACAACCAAGACCGCACUUACUUCCACAGCUUCGAAAUCGAAGAGUGCCUCGCUGGUCUUUCCUUUGUCGACGAAAAGGAAGCAAAGCAAUUCAAGAAGAAGAUGGACGAAAGAGAAAAGAACGCAAGCAGAGCCACCCGAUCGACCCCCUUCGGAGGCGUCACCCAGCCUUCCGGGCACAAACACGGUCUGCUUGGGGGCCUUUUCGGUAGCCGACAUGCCUCAGCCCCUACCCCUCCAGACUCUCCGCGGUCAAACUUGCCUCACGGUCGAAUGCCAUCGCUAGGGAGUAUCAAUGGCCACAAACCCUCAGAGUUUGCUGUUCUUGAUGCCUUCGACCCUCAAUGGCGGGAAAAUUUUGGAGAAGAUCUACGAGAUAAGGGGUUGACCGACGACUUCAUUAAGGAGAACCAGGAAUUCAUUGUCGAGUUUCUGAAGGAAGAGCAGGAGAAGCUGAUGGCUGGUGCCCGAAGCCACCCCCCACCACCCCCUCCUCCUCCUCCAGGACCUCAUUCGAACGGCAUCGAACCUCGGAAUGCGCGUGCCCCUCCUCCUCCGCCGCCCACAGGAGGAGUGCAUUCAGACAGUUCGCGAGUACCACCCCCUCCGCCUGCCCCAAGGCGCGGCGCUGCGCCUGCUCCUCCACCAGCUAGAAGAUCUGGGAAAACAGAGCCGCCCGCUGUCAACAGAGAACCGACACCCCCGAGCGAGCCUGCUGCGCCAGAGCCCCAGAGGAGCCGCUUUGCCGUACCGCCGCCAUUGCCAGAUGCCGGCAAACUUGCCCAUGCUUUGGGAGGGUCGGUCAACUCCAUCCGCGGGCCAGCAAAUCCUGGACCGCCUCCCCCGCCGCGACCACCGAAAACGCCGAUGCAAGAGGAGGAGAGACCUGUCGGCCACAGAUUCGGAGUACCGCCCGCCUUCCCCGGUUCACGGCAGGCCCCACCCACCCCGAGCCGAGGGCCCGUUCCGCCGCCGCCGCCCCCUCCUCCCCGUGCAGAUGCCGGCCCACCACUUCCCCCGAAAGCUCCAGCACCAGAGGCGCCUCCAUUGCCGCCCCCAUCGUCACGGCCUGUACCGCCGCCUCCCGCAGUUGGCAACCCUCCUCCUCCUCCCCCGUUGCCAGCGUCGCAAGCACCCCCUCCCCCACCAUUACCAUCCUCGAGCGCGCCUCCACCUCCGCCUUUACCCACCUCUCCGCCGCCUUUGCCAACAUCCAACGCGCCUCCGGCACCUCCUUUACCGCCGUCAAACAACGCGCCCCCUGCGCCCCCUCCGCCGCCUCCCGGAGCGGGAGCUCCUCCCCCGCCCCCUCCUCCCCCCCCGGGUGCUUUGGGUGGUCCUCCCCCGCCCCCUCCCAUGCCCAACCGGGACUCUGGCUACUCAUCGGGCGCCCCAAUUCCUGCUCCAGACUCUUCGCGCUCAGCUGUGCUAGGCGAUAUUCAGAAGGCCGGCGGUAUCAAGGCCUUGAAGAAGGUCGACAGAACCCAGAUUCGCGACAGAAGCGCUGCGACGGUUGGUGGAAGCAGCGACACGGGGCCGCAUGGUAGUGGCUUGCCCCCCACUGGCGUCGCGCCCGGAGGCGGCGGUGACAUGGCGAAUGCACUGGCUGCUGCACUGCAGAAGAGAAAGGAGAAGGUCAGCAGAAGUGAUGACGAAAGAAGUGAUAACGACGACUGGUAAACACGUGCCAAUGACCCCAUGGGGUUAUCGACAAGUGCAAAUGAGCUUUCAAGCCUGGCAAUAUGGCGUUUCUUGCCGUGCCGAGCCGAAAAAAUAGAAAGCAAGCUUUAUUUUUACAUUCAACUGGACAUCCCACACUACAGCCACAUACUUACGACUGUGCAGAUGGACGAGUAUGGCGGCUAUCUGUCUUGGCGGACUGUUCUCGCAUCCACUAGGCUGUGGGCGAUGAUGACGCCGGCCGGUUGCCAGCAUGGAAAAAGGUCCAGCGAUCGGGAACGGUUCGGCCAGACGUGCUGAACAAGGCCCGUUGUGGGGAGUUGUAAAGAGAUUGGAAUAAACAAUAUUCAAAAGCGAUGAUUCAAACUGCAU